UUGGGUCUGUUUGAUCUGGUCUAUUUGUUCAGGAGGAGCCCACAUCAAAGUUCAGUUUUGUAUUCAAUCCUUUGCUCUUAGUCCUACAAACAGGAGCAACACAGCACUUCCCGCCAGCACAGUAAAGCCUUCAGCAUGUGGGUCAUCACCGUCAUGUCUGUGGCCUGUCUGCUGGUCAGUCCAUCCCUGGCUGGGAUUAAAGACCUUAGCUCUCACUUCACUGACCCUGAACCAGAACCCAGGGGCUUUGAACCAGGGGGGGCAGUGGAUAUAGAGGCCAUCCCCUUAGAGUUCCACAAAGAAAACACUGUUACUAACGACCUAGUUUUGGAUGGCUUUGAGGAUGAAGAUUAUAUUGAUUUUGAUAAAAUCCUGGCUUUGGGCAGCGACGACUACACUGAAGGGGAUGAGAUAGAUGAGAUUGCCACACCAGCCCCAGACAUUGACAUCUUUGCCGAACCUUCUGACCCAAAGAUCCGCCGUGCCAGACUCCUACGGCUGUUCCACAGUCGGUCUCGCCUCCAACGCCUCAACAUUGUUAAUGCCCAUUUCGGUUUCAACCUCUAUCGAAGUCUUCGUAACGACGUCAACCGGAGUGACAACAUCCUGCUAGCACCUGCUGGAAUCUCUGUCGCUAUGGGGAUGUUGGCUUUAGGGGCAGGACCUGGUACCCAUGAUCAGAUAUAUAAAGCUCUGGGAUUCGCAGAGUUUGUUAAUGCUAGCCAUCAUUACGACAACACAACAGUGCAUAAGCUCUUCAGGAAGCUGACGCACAGGCUCUUCAGGAGGAACUUUGGUUACACACUACGCUCUGUAAACGAUGUCUACAUAAAAAAGGAUGUCGCAGUGAAAGAUAUUUUCCGUGCAGAGACAAAGGCUUAUUACUUUGCAGAGCCGCAAUCAGUGGACUUCAGGGACCCUGCCUUUCUGGACAAGGCCAACCGUCGCAUCCUAAAGCAGACCAAAGGACUGAUUAAGGAACCGCUCAAGAGUGUGGACCCAAAUAUGGUGCUGAUGCUGCUCAACUACCUGUACUUCAAAGGUACAUGGGAACAAAAAUUCCCCAAAGAACAGACUCAUUAUCGCAACUUUCGAGUUAACGAAAAGACAAAUGUCCGCGUGCCAAUGAUGACCAACAAGGGGAACUAUCUGGCUGCUGCCGACCACGAACUAGAGUGUGACAUCCUACAGCUCCCUUACACAGGAAAAAUUAGCAUGCUUAUUGCCUUGCCUAGAAAGAUCACUGGCAUGAGGACCCUGGAGCAGGAGAUCUCUCCCACUGUUGUCAAUAAGUGGCUCAAAAACAUGACAAACAGGACUCGAGAGGUGGUGUUACCUCGGUUUAAACUGGAGCAGAACUAUGACUUGAUUGCAAAUUUAAAAGAGAUGGGCCUCACUGACUUGUUCCAGGAGAGUGCAGAUUUCACUGGAAUGACCUCUGAAAAAGUUUCCAUGAACUGGCUUAAGCACCAGGGGACCAUCACGGUAAAUGAAGAGGGCACUGAGGCUGCUGCUCUGACCCAGGUCGGCUUCAUGCCCCUCUCCUCUCAGAUCCGCUUCACUGUGGACCAUCCCUUCCUCUUCCUGAUCUAUGAGCACCGCACAGACUGCCUUGUGUUCAUGGGCCGGGUGGUCAAUCCUUCACAGAACUAAACUAAACAGCUAAAAUAUACCCUUACAAAUUCCAUGUUUGGUUAGAAUGUCCAACUAAGACAUUACUGACUUUAAUAGCUGGGUCAUUGUUUAACAAUAAUAAAAUACUGCUAUUAGUGCAAUAUGUAUAUGUAAGCAUAGAGUGUGAGUGUAGUGAAUGUUAGUGCAGUGUCUUACCUCACAUUUAAACUAACAUAAUUCUUCUAAUGAGAGUCUGUCAAAGUGACUCAAUGAUUAUCUGUCUGUUAAUGUUUUAUCUUGUGCAAUGAGCCCAGUGAAGAAAUAUGCUCAAAAAUACAUUAUAUACCUGUCAUUAACCUAAUGUUGUACUGUAAUAACACCAGAAAGAAUACGUGAAUACAUGAAUAACACAAGAAAGGGGAUAAUAAAAUAAUAAAUAAAACU